AUGACAUGGGCAAACAUUCCACGUAGAAUGCGCGCAGCGCAAAUCUCUGAGUAUCACAAGCCAUACGAGUUAGUUGAGAAAGAUGUGCCAAGCAUUCGUGAGAAUGAACUUCUUAUCAGAGUUCACGCGGCCGGAUUCUGUCACUCAGAUCUGCAGGUUCUACAGGGUCAGUUCGGAUCACGCUUAGGCAUGACCGCGUCCCAUGAGCCUUCCGGUACCGUCGUCCUUGUUGGAAAGAAUUGCAGUGAUAAUUGGAAAAUUGGUGAUCGAGUUGGGGCUCUUAAUUUCAAGAACUCAUGUGGCCAAUGCAGCGGCUGCGGGUUGGCGAAGCGGAGAUACAAUCGACUGGAUCCCCGCUUCUGCAACAGAAGAGAAACGGCGGGAUUCCAACAUGACGGAGCAUUUGCAGAGUAUCUCGCUAUAGACCCCGAAACGACAGUUCACUUACCUUCGUCCUUGCCGUUCGACCAAGCAGCGCCACUGAUGUGCGCUGGUGCGACAGUAUGGGGCUCAUUAGAAAAAGCCACAGCCGGGCUAGACUCUGGAGACACUGUAGGCAUCAUCGGCAUUGGCGGUCUCGGCUUCCUCGCUUUACAAUUUGCUAGCGCGAUGGGCUUUCGUACAGUAGCAGUUGACAGUCGCCCGGCAGGGAGACAAUUGGCUACUGAGAUGAAAACCCAGGAUUUGAAACCCUCAAUAGUUGUCGACUCUGGCUCAAAAGAUGCCACAGCUACGAUCAUGGAAUUUACGGGAGGAGAGGGACUCGCUGCCGUUAUAGCCUGCACAGACUCUCUGUCAGCCAAUAAUUGGGCUCUGACACUGCUUCGGAUUGGAGGUGUAAUGGGUGUUCUAGGUCUGCCAGCAGAAAACUGGAGGUUUGAUUCAAGUGUGAUCAUCUUUCGGGAGCUCACCAUUCGGGGAAGCUAUGUGGCUAGUAGAGAGUCAACUGAAAGGAUGAUGGAGGUUGUAGAGAGGGCUAACAUCCGAUCCCAUAUCACCUUGGUGGCCUUCGAUGAGAUUCCUGGAAUCCUCGCGGCGUAUCAAAACAGUGAUUUUAAGGGUAGACUUGUAGUUAAAGUAACAGAUUGA